AUGAAUCGAUUGGUGUCAAGAUCCGUGCUUUUGAGAGCCACACGAUGCUUCUCCAGAACAACUGAAGUCUCAGGAAAGCAGACCUGCUUAAUUGAGACUCAUAAGAAGCAUGGUGGAAAACUUGUGGAAUUUGCCGGCUACGAUAUGCCAACCCAGUACGGAGACUUGUCGAUCAAAGAGUCAACGAUUCAUACGAGAAAGCACGUCAGUUUGUUUGAUGUUUCUCAUAUGCUUCAAACUCAUAUCACUGGAAAAGACAGAGUAGCAUUCAUUGAAAGUCUGACCACUGCCGACGUUCAAGGACUUCAGGAAAACAGCGGAACACUUUCGGUAUUCACCAAUGAAAAGGGAGGAAUCAAAGACGAUUUGAUUAUUAUGAAAACCGACAAAGACUUCCUUUUCCUCGUUACAAACGCAGGUUGCAUUGACAAGGAUCUUCCAUAUCUUCUAGAAAAUGCAGCUGCUUGGAGAGCAAAAGGAAAAGAUGUGAAAAUUGAAACACUUGAUAACCGAGGACUUGUUGCGGUACAGGGACCAGAGAUGGCUAAAGUUCUUCAAGAAGGAACGGAUAUCGAUUUGUCGAAACUAACUUUCAUGAAAACCACCGUUGGAAGUGUAUUCGGAAUUGAUGGAUGCCGUGUCACAAGAUGUGGGUACACCGGAGAGGAUGGAGUUGAAAUUUCUGUUGAUCCAACGAAAGCUGAACAGCUUGUCGACCGUCUUCUCGCUUCUCAAGCUGGUAAAGUAAAGCUCGCAGGACUGGGAGCUCGUGAUGCUCUUCGCCUAGAAGCUGGUUUGUGUCUAUAUGGAUCUGAUAUUGAUGAGAACACUACCCCAAUCGAAGCUGGACUUGCCUUUGUAGUUGCCAAGCGCCGUCGUGAAACCCUCGAUUUCCCUGGAGCUGAAAAGAUUGUGAAACAACUGAAGGAGAAGAGUUGGCCAAAACGUCGAGUGGGACUUCUCGCCCAACCAGGAAGAUGUCCAAGAUCUCAUCUUCCACUCAUCGAUCCUCUUGACAAAUGUGCAAUCGGAUUCGUUACUUCUGGAUGCCCUUCACCAACGCUUGGCAAGAAUAUCGCCAUCGCGUACGUUGACAAAUCACAUUCAAAGGAAGGAACCAAGUUCAUCGUGGAUUUCGGCGCCAAGCAGGCGCCAGUUGAAGUCGUCAAAAUGCCAUUUGUCCCAACCCAUUAUUAUACUGGAAAGAAGUAA